AUGGACCCUCUCGCGGCCCUGAAGUCAAUGCCAUGCCCUAAGGGCGCCGCCUGCACCGCGUUCCAAUGUCUGUUCCAGCACAAUGACAAGCCGAUAGCAGCGGACCUGGAAGCCGAAUAUGAUCCUACCAGACCCUUGGGUGCCCUGCCAGACCUGGAUGAUCCCCAAGACACGCCACGGAAGAGACUAAAGCGACAGAAGACCAUACCAGACCGCAUGAGCACGACCAGCAAUACAACAUCAGGUGAUGCCAUAAGGCUUGCUACGCGAGACAAACCAGUAUCGCCUCCACCACUUGGUCGAACACCACGUCCAAGCACGACAUCAUCAUCGUCGGCAGCUGUAGACAAGAGUGCCAGGGCGGACUCAAAAGGCCCGGGCAGAACCACAACUGCCACCAAGGUCACUCCUGCCAAACCUGCAAAGGCUUCGACACCAAACCCCCCUCGGAAGGUCUCUACAGAGACAUUAAACCCUCGACAUAUUCCGAAAGCACCAGCACAGCACGAUUUGAGGCUAAAGCUCGUCAAGGCGCUUUACGAGCAUUAUAAGCGUCUCAACGACGAGCUCAAGGCCGACGCCAGCGAUGACGAGGCCCAGCUAGUCAUGACAGAUCAACAGCUCAUCGUGCGCACCUUGGACGAAGAACAGGAGAUUGCGACCACGAAGGCGUCAGUCUAUGCCAACGCAGUCAAGAACAGGAUCAUGCAGUACAAGCGCAUGAACGUCUUGAAGUGGAAGGAGGAAAGAGAGCAGGCAAUCAAAUCACGGUUAGCGGCUCAAGGGCGGACGAGACCGGAUCCCUCAGAACCAAUCGUCACGGGCUUGACCCCGGCCCAGGAGGUCAGCUUCUUAUCUCAUCUCAUCACGCAGCUGGACAGCCUGGCAAACUUCGGAUAUGUCACGACGAUACCGAGUGAGAGUGACAUCGAGGCGGUCAAUCGAAGCGUAGAAGCGUCUGGCAACACAGAGCUCUGCGACCGGAACGGCUGUGGUCGAAGAUUCCAAGUAUUCCCCGGAAGACGAGAGGAGGACGGAGCACUCACAUCGAACGGAUCCUGCACCCAUCACCCAGGCAAGGUGUACACUACAGAGCGCUUUGCACUCGACCGUCUGAGCAAGGCACAGCGCAAGUACCGCUGCUGCCAGACCAAUCUCGACGACGACAACGCCGAGAAGGGAUGCACCACGUCCCCCACGCACGUAUUCAAGGCUUCAGACCCAAAGAGACUCGCAAGCGUGCUGCAGUUUGCCCACACUCCUUCCAACGACGCAGUUCCAGCGGACAGGGCCAUAGCGUUCGACUGCGAAAUGGGCUACACCGUGUACGGCAUGGAGCUCAUCCGUCUGACGGUUGUGUCGUGGCCGGAUGGCGUGGAGCUGCUCGACGUACUCGUCCAGCCGUACGGGGAGGUCCUGGACCUCAACACGCGGUACUCUGGUGUCCGGCCAGAGGACAUGGCCACGGCGAUACGCUGGAAGCCAGGCGACGAUCACCGCCCUAUCGUCACCCCUCUGACCACCAGCGACAACAACAGCAGCAGCCUCAAUCAUCCACAGCAACGCAAGCUCAAACUAGUCCCCUCGCCGGAAGCAGCGAGAAGUCUCAUGUUCAGCUUGAUGUCCCCGCGGACCCCCGUCAUCGGGCACGCUCUCGAGAACGACCUCAAUGCCGUGCGCAUGGUCCACCCGACCGUCGUGGAUACCGUGCUUCUCUACCCGCACAAGCGUGGCGGACUUCCCCUGCGGUACGGGCUGAAGUAUCUCAUGGAUUACCACUUGGGGCGGAAGAUCCAGACUGCUGGGGAUGGCAAUGUCACUGCGAGUGGUGGAGGUGGUGCUGGUGCUGGAGAAGAUGCUGCCAACGCCGUGGGCCACGACAGCGCAGAAGAUGCCAGGGCGGCGGGCGAUCUGGUUCGGUUGCGGGUCAAGGAGCAGUGGCAGAAGAUGCAGGUUGACGGGUGGACGAUUGAUGUAACGACGGGUGCUUUUGUCGCUCCGCCAGGUGGUGGUGGCAAGAAGUCUUGA